AUGCAUGCUGAUCACCAAGCAGUUCAUUAUCCCACCGCCCAAAUCUCGAAAUCCCGUUCUGAACUUCUCACGACACCAAAAGCUGUAGACUACCAACUAUGCCAGAAACUUUCCGUUUCUGGACUUUUUGUGUCUCCGAAUGUUCCGCUGCUGCUGCGAUCGAUGUCGGUCUCUGCGAACGCUAAAUACCCUCUUGACGAAGAUGAAUGGGCGGCUGCACAAACAGAAGAAGUAACAGCCCUUCGACACAUGAUGAACGACGAAAUCCUUCGGCGUCGAGCUUCCGAACGCAACGGAGGCCUCAAUUGUGAAUUUGAUCCCUCAGACCCUCUAGGACAGAAGCGGAUGUGCGGCAUGCAUAUCCAUCUUCGAAUCAUUUUUAGCAAUGGAACGGCCUGGCUUGCUCGAAUACUGCGGCAUAACUACACCUCAUUCUCAGACGACUUUAGCAAUCUCUGCUUAAAGAGUGAAUGUGCUACUCUGAAAUGGCUCGAAGAUAUUAACGUGCCGUCGCCGAAACUUUACGACUUCGGUCUGCGGAACGAACCCGAGAUUAAGGUUGGAGUUGCGUAUAUGCUGAUAGAGGAACUCCCUGGGACACCUUUACUUCUCCCUAGCCCGUCGGAGGAGCAGUUGCGAAAACUGUACAAGAGUUACGCCGACAUCUUGUGCACUAUCUAUAAGUACCCCAUUGACCAAAUCGGUGCUCUCUCUUUACAACCAGAUGGUACUAUCUGCAUAGGCCCCAUCGUGGGCGAUCGCUCAGGUACAUUUUCGCAGAUAGGACCUUUCAGCAAUGCACGAGAAUACUACACGACAUGGGCAGAGAAAUAUCUCGAGAUGAUCUGCGACCACCAGCUUUUCACACCGUACUCUGUCAAUGCCUACUUAAUCUUCAAAUACCUCAAGGAACUGGCGCAACAAGGGCAGUGGAAUGCGUUUGAAUCGAGUAUCGACAAUGGCCCCUUCUUCUUAAAACACAUGGAUGAUAAAAGUGACCAUAUACUUGUCGAUAAGGAUUACAAUGUCACUGGGUUUAUCGACUGGACGUUUGCUAGGGCAGUGCCGAUGCAAGGCUGGGCAUCCCCGGGUGACAGAAUCCUGGCCGAGGCUAUACAGACUAGGGACAAGUAUUUGGCUCGCUUUGUCAGUGGCCCUGACCUGGUUCGCCGCUUCUCCUUUGCUCUCGGAAUGGGCAUGUGUAUGUCUUGGGAUGAAGCAGUUGAUUUGUUCCGAGGCCUCAUAUCUACGGCUGAAGGUAUCGGCUCGGAGUUUGACUGGGAUGUCUGGCGUCAAAAUCGUAUAGCUCAAUGGGCUGGUGAUGGGAGGUUGCAAGCCCUUCUGCUUGAAUUGGGAGAAAUCUAG